AUUUGUAUUUUUUCUUUGUUUUCAGGACCAAAUAUAUUAUUUUUUCUAAAAUUAUGUAUACUAAACUAAUAUGAGACGGUGGCGGGAGGGAGUAUAACUUAACCGCAUAGGAUUCAGGAUCCAGGAGCAAUACGCCAAUACGACAGAAAAAAGAAAACUGUUGGGUCAAGAUUUUAUCGAUUGUUGAUUCAAUAAUACCGGAUGUGAUUGCGUCAAGAUUUAAAAUAGUAGUAUUUAAUAAUUGGAUUAAGUUUAUUUGUUGCGGUGCAUCCGUGCUGCAUAUGGCUUCCACUUUACAGAAAAGUCUUUACUCCAUUGCAUAGUUGUUCUUUUUUAACUUCUUUUCCAAUGGUUUUCCUGUUAAGAUGAGUUUGCAACCCAUACGAAUAAAAAAGCAUUAUUCUCCUCCAAAAAAAUGUAAAAUGGAAUUAUACCACCCCAAUAAUUGUUUAAUCAUUUGUUGAGCUUCCAAGUGCCAACAAAGCCGUGGGGCUUAAGAAAUAGAUGGCUUGAAACUUGGAAGAUUUCUCACCCAUCUCGGACAAAUUCAAUCCAUACAAAAUCUUAUAGAAAUCAAAUCAAAUAUAUUAAAACAAAAAUAUAGCGAAUUAAAAAAGAAAAAGAAAAAGUCCCAAGUACUCAUUAAUAUUCCCUUAAUUAUUCCUUCAAAACCCUUCCAACAUCUAUAUAUACCCCCCGGCCCCGGCCUUUUAAUUCAACUCAUAUCCAUUCUCAACUUUCUAGCUCAACCAAUAUAUUUUCUUUACCUUCCUUAUUGCAUUGCUACAUAAAUUUGAAAACAGCAUUCUUUUUCUUUUUACAUUACAUAUAUAAACCCACAUUUUCUUUCACAAGAACAAAGUUGUCAUUUCCUUACACCUCUCCAAAACAAAACCAAGAAAAUGGAUUUUGAUGAUUUUGAAGAAUCAGAGGUGAUGUUCUCCGACUACUCGUCCGACGAAAGUGUCGAAAGCUACGAAAGCGAAAACAGUGAUCGGACGUGGAAGCAUUACAGUCAAUCAAACGCCUCAAAAUUAAUGGUGAAGAGGAGGGUUAGCUCUUCUGUUCCUGUGGAUAUACCAAUGAUCAACUCUUUCGAGUAUGAUAUGGACGUGUCGAGUUUCGAGCCGUUCGAUGAUGAUGAUGAUGAUGAUAAUGAUGAUGAUGUUGAGAUGAUGAGAUUGCCUCCUCAUUUGAUUGUUGAAAGAAGAGUCAAUGAAGAAAUGGCAAGGUCAUUUAGUCCUCUUAAAGGGAAGAAUUUGUGUGAAGUUAGGAACUCCAUCCUCAGAAUGACAGGUUUUCUUGAGAGAUGAUAGAUUUUUAAUUUUCCAAAAAUGAGUUUUUGGAUUUUGAUGUGUUUAGGUAGGAUGAGAAAUGGGUACGGUAGCAGAAAAAAAUGCAUAAAAGAAAAGAGGAAGAGAAUUUUUUUUAAAAAGAAAAAUUAAAAAAAUUAGUUGCUUUUGUCUUUUCUUUGCUUCGGUUUUUAUUUGAGGCCUUGAGGGAAAGAAAUGUUUAUGAAGUAAAAUAUUGUAUCUUCGUGGGUUUUCUCUUCUGGGUUUUUGCCCGUGAAGUUACUAUAUAUGUACAAUAGAUAAAUAAUAUGCAAAUGUUAAUAUAAAUGUUAUUUUAUGUA